AUGAAUAAAAAAGCUUGUUUGGGAAUUUCGCAAAAUUUUGCCGUGAAUCCUAAUGAAAAGCAAAUAGAUACUUUCUUUUUUGAUGACGGAAAAAGAAAAAAGAAUAAGCAUUAUCAUAAUUCGACUUCUGCAAUUUAUGCUGAAACAGCGCCGAAGAAAACCUCACUCGAAUAG